AUGGCAAAGCAGGGCCCCCCUCCCUCCCUAAAUGGCGACUUUUUACCCGCUUUGGAACCUGGAUCGAAGAAGGCCGGUGACAGGUGCAUGGAGGCGAAGAAUCAAGUGCCAGAGUGUUCUGUGGUGCCGUGUUUGCUGGCAGUUCCAAGUCGAGGAGUGAAGGAGGCUUGGAGUGGCGGUGCAAGCGAGACGCUAGUUCACACCGCGAAAGCCCACCUGCAACCGGUGCAACGGUCGCAUCCCAACGGCGUUAAUGGAUUGGAUGGCAAACAGACGGUCUCGCGGCAGGACAGCCAGAUGCGAUGCACGACCCAUAAAAGCCUGUUUGCCGUCUGUAAACUUGGUCCCCUGAAAAUCGUUUGCCACCCGAGUUAUCGAUUCUGCCCUGGGAAAGCACCCAGAUAA